AUGAUCGAAGAUUUCAAGAAAGAAAUGAUGUCGGAAUAUAAGAUGACCGACCUUGGAGCUAUGAAAUACUUCCUUGGCAUGCAAGUCAAGCAAAGUCCAGGAAGAAUUUUUCUCUCACAAGAGAAAUAUGUUGAAGAUAUGCUCAAAAAUUUCAACAUGAGCGAUUGCAAGCCAAUGGCGACACCAAUGGUUACGAAUGAGAAACUCUCCAAAUAUGAUGGAAAGGAGAAAGUAGAUGCAUCGCUCUAUUGUAGCAUGGUUGGAUCUCUCAUCUAUCUCACAAACACAAGGCCCGACAUAGUACAUGCAGUCAACAUUGUCUCUAGGUUCAUGAGUGAACCUAGCAAGACACAUCUUGCAGCAGUAAAGAGGAUUCUCAGGUAUAUCAAAGGGACAAAGAGCCAUGGAAUAAUGUACGAGUCCGAGAUCAGCUACAAGCUCACAGGCUACACAGAUAGCGACUGGGCUGGAAGCAUUGAUGAUUGA